AUGCAUUUUUUUUCGAAAUUUCUCCGCUUUUCAACUUCAAAUGUUCGUCUUUUUAUUUCCAUUCGACAGAAACAUUCUUUGGACGAACCUGAAUCAGCUUAUCAUCAUGUUGUAUCCGGUUAUCAAAUUUAUAAACAUCAAAAUGAACCUUUUCGAUUGAAAUAUAAUAAUAAAUCCUUAAAUGAAUUUCAACUUGCUUAUGAAACAUGGGGUAAAUUAAAUGCAAAAAAAAAUAAUGCUAUUCUUAUAUUUACGGGUCUUAGUGCUAGUUCACAUGCAAAAAGUCAUGAUGUA